AUUCCAUUUUGUUGGAAGCAACCACGCGAUGGCCGCCGACAAGUCCGACGCCGACCGGCCAUGGGAUGUGCUGCAGGACUUGCCGUUCCUGUUUGCUUCGGACAACGUGCUCGACGAUGAGCUCGCUUACGUGUCCGAUCUCCUCGAACCGUCGUCAACGUUGAGUGAUGAGGCGAUGAACACGAUUGCGUGUACAAGCGACGAAUCGUCCUCGCCGCCUCCGACAAAGCCUCCCAAAAUCAACAAGUUCCGCGAGCGCCAACGACAAGAGAUUCGAUCUCUACGUUUGGAAGUCCAAGCAUUGAAGGCGAGCCUCUUGGGUGCCCAGCGCGACGCACUCAAGUCGUCGACCGUGUCGUCGUGGGAACGAGCUGCGCGGGAGGAACAGUUCGCCGCCGGCAAAGCACUAUACGAGAACGAACGUCUCCGUCAGAAUGUCCAGCACAACGCCACGUUCAUCGACGACAUGAGCCGAGUGUUGAGCAAACGUCCUCGUCUAACGCUCACGAUGGACGGUGCUGCGUCGGACGCGUGGAAAGAAUGCAAACUCGCCGCCCACGCUGCGCUGCGUGUGGUGGCCAUGCACGCCAUCGCUGAUCGCCAGUACAAUCUGCUCGACAGUGCGUUCCGUGCGUCGGGCUUGGUCAGCAGGACCCAAGACGGGAUGCAUGUGGCGCCAAGGAUACAUCCACAAGACGCAUCCAAGCUCAUCAUUGAAUAUUCGUACCAAUUUACGAUACCGGCGCCGCCAGUCAUGCUGGCAAACGCCGUGUGGGACGUGUGCAGCGGCUCCAACAGCCCCACGUUACCUCCUGGAGCCACCCGGGUACCGCUGCCAUCUUACCGUCUUCCCAAUCUGGCUGCAUCCUGCAUCAAUCCGUGGUUUUUGUUUAGAACGUUGAAAGGAUUGACGCGUCGACGGUGUACGUGGCAAAUCAGUACAGCGAUGGUGACGAAGUGGCGCAUUCGAACGUUGUGUGGAAGCGAUAUCAAGGCGACGACGACGAUGGCGACGAUCGAGACGACAAAAAGCGGCAUGUGAUUGUGUGGCGCAGCGUGCUGGAUGAUGCGUUGGUGCCACACAUGGCGCACGGCGUUGUCGAGAACGACUGGGGCUGGAUGGAGCUGUGUGACGCGGAACCCGAUGGAUCGACGCGGCUUCGGGUGAUGCUGCAAGUGGUGUGCAUCAACGGCGCCCACCUGAGCACCCUCCAAGAAAUUGCUGAAGAUUGCAUGGAAGCCGUUCACGCGUUCGAGUUUGUCGACCCGGAUGUGCGCGGCAACUUUCCUGGCCGAAGUCCGGCACCUGAUCGCGUCGCGAAGCUGCCGUUUGCCCUGCGUACGUUCCUCGAAGGCGGCAAGCAGUUGGAAGUGGCGUUCAAGCGGGCCGUCGACAUUGCCAUCGUUCGAGCUGCAGCUGCCAAGGCGGGCGACACGUGAAAUCCCGCGCAUCAUGCAGCCCCGUCGCAACUUGUCAACAUCGUGCAGCUUCAACAGACUAUUCAACUAAUCCAGUCGACCAUUUUGUCGCCAUGGAUCUCACGACCACCAUCUUGUCCCGUCGAAACCGAUCAUGACGCGUGUCCAUGGUGGCGUCGGCUCGACGAACGAAGCCGCCACCAAACCUGCACAUGCAUCACGGGCACGAUAACUUGAGGAAGUCGAUGCCGUCACAACGAACGCAGCUCCAAGCCGAGCUGGCGUUUAAACCACACGGCGAUCACGCGCACGACUCAUGUCAGCAUGGGCAGCUAGUCAGACCUCUGCGAGAACAGCUCGGCAUGGCAGGAACGUGUAUCGUCCGACCGGCACGUUGAGAAAGGACCGUUCGGAGAAAACAUCGCCGAUGGGGUCCACACGCGUUCCGCGCUGGAGCUGUUUUCGUCGCGCUUCAUUGCAAUUGCCCUCGAACAUGCACAAAACGGCGCAAGAAACGGAGCUAUCUGGGGCACUCUCGUGCCAGCCACGUUUCUCCAGACUCGUCUCCAUCUUCAGUACACAGCUCCAACUGCACGCGUGUGAUACCCAGGAUCGGCGGCAUGGCCGCAGGGGCCACUGGAGGGAUCUCGAGUAUUGUUACAACCGGUAUGGGGCUCGCAUUAGCAUCGCUGUGCCCGGCUUGCCACUGCAGCGAAUGCCGCUUGCUCAGGUGGACGUUUGUGGCAAACAACCUCGUUGGAUGCGUAUGUCGUGCUGCAGCUCAAGCGAUUCGACUUGGACCAUUCUGUCGGUGGAUCCGACCGCCGGUGCUCAUGGCGUAG